UCCUUCCAGCCCCGCUCAGCCUGGGCACAUCCUCCCGCAGUCCGGGCACCUCUCCACGCAGUCCCCGUUCCGCGGCUCGCCCUCUGCUGCGCUCGGCUCCCGCGGGCGCUCGGCCCCGCGCCCCUCCGCCCCCUCCCCGCCGGCCGGACAGGGAGGAGCCAAUGGCUGGGCCUGCCAUCCACACCGCCCCCAUGCUGUUCCUCACCCUCCUGCUGCCCCUGGAGCUGAGCCUGGCAGGCGCCCUUGCACCUGGGACCUCUGCUCGGAACCUCCCUGAGAAUCACAUCGACCUCCCAGGCCCAGCGCUAUGGACACAGACCAGCCACCACCACCAGCGGGGCCAGGGCAAGAAGGAGUGGGGCCCAAGCCUACCCAGCCAGGCCCAGGAUGGGGCUGUGGUCACUGCCACCAGGCAGGCCUCCAGGCUGCCAGAGGCUGAGGAGCCGCUGCCUGAGCAGAGUCCUGCAGGCCUCCUUCGGGACAAGGACCUGCUCCUGGGGCUGGCAUUGCCUUACCCAGAGAAGGGGAAGGAGAACCGACCUCCAGGUUGGGAGAGGGCCAGGAAACGCAGCAGGGAGCACAAGAGGCGCAGGGACAGGCUGAGGCUGCACCGAGGCCGAGCGUUGGUCCGAGGUCCCAGCUCCCUGAUGAAGAAGGCAGAGCUCUCCGAAGCCCAGGUGCUGGACGCGGCCAUGGAGGAAUCCUCCACCAGCCUGGCCCCCACCAUGUUCUUCCUCACCACCUUUGAGGCAGCACCUGCCACAGAAGAGUCCCUGAUCCUGCCCAUCACCUCCCUGCGGCCCCAGGCACAGCCCAGAACUGACGGGGAGGUGAUGCCCACGCUGGACAUGGCCUUGUUCGACUGGACCGACUAUGAAGACUUAAAACCUGAUGGCUGGCCCUCUGCAAAGAAGAAAGAGAAACACCGGGGUAAGCUCUCCAGUGACAGUAACGAAACAUCACCAGCCGAAGGGGAACCGUGCGACCAUCACCAAGACUGCCUGCCAGGGACUUGCUGCGACCUGCGGGAGCAUCUCUGCACACCCCACAACCGAGGCCUCAACAACAAAUGCUUCGACGACUGCAUGUGUGUGGAAGGGCUGCGCUGCUAUGCCAAAUUCCACCGGAACCGCAGAGUUACACGGAGGAAAGGGCGCUGCGUGGAGCCCGAGACGGCCAACGGCGACCGGGGAUCCUUCAUCAACGUCUAGCACCCCGCGGGACUGGGGACUGAGCCCCGGAAGUUUGCACAAGCUGGGCGAUUUGUUUGUAACUAGCAGUGGGAGAUCAAGUGGGGGAACGGAUGGCUAAGGCUGCAGACUCAGGCCUAGGACACUCAGCCCCAGGAGGGGAGCCGCCCCGCGAACGACCUGGAUGGGUGCCCAGCAGCCGGCCCGCGGCACCUGCACACCCACAGUCUGGAUUCACGCAGCCUCCAUCCCGCGUGUCCUGUUCUCCUUGAUGGUAAUGCCGAGAGUGCCCUCUACUGUCCGACUCCAGCACUGCAACAGCUUCAGGUUCAAAACCAAGGGGGGUUUUUGAGCGUGGAAAAGAAAUUUAAACUUCCCGAAAGUAGGUCCACCGGCAGGAGAUGAAUACGGAACACCUCCUAUGUACUGUGUAAUCUCCAAGGCCCUUAGCACAGUGCUAAGCCCUGGAUUACUUUAUCUCAUUGAAGUAUCACAACGACCUUUUCAAGUAGGUAUUAUCACCAUGCCACAGGUGAGGACACUGAGGCCCGCUGGAGUUGUUUGACUUGACUUGUCCAGGGUCCCAGGUCAAUGCUUCUCAAACCUGAACAUGCUAAGAGUAACCUGGCAGUCCAGUUAAAAAUGUAUAUCUGGCUGGGCAUGGUGGCUCACCCCGUAAUCCCAGCACUGUGGGAAGUGACGCGGGUAGAUCACCUGAGGUCAGGAGUUCCAGACCAGCCUGGCCAACAUGGUAAAACCCCAUCUCUACUAAAAAUACAAAAAUUA